AUGGACGAUUCCAAGACACCUUCAGCCUCGGUCAGUGUUACCACCGGGGGACUCAAAGACGAGUCCGAUGUCUUGGAUACACAGACACCGGCAGCUCGGGCGACGGACAAGGAAACAUACAGCCCAUCCCAUGAGUCCCAACCUGAGCAUCAACAUGAACAUCUCCCAUCUGCAGCUGGAGACCCCGAGGCCCAGAUACCCGCCGAUGGCCAAGCUCAGAGUCCAGAAGCCCCCGAAGCUUCACGAUCAAAACUGGAGAACUUCCUCAUCAUCAUGAGUCUCUGCCUGGCUCUCUUCCUCGCCGCCCUCGACGCCACCAUUGUCACCACUGCCAUCCCGACCAUUUCGGCUCACUUCAAUUCCUCUCUUGGCUACAUCUGGGUGGGAAGCGGCUAUCUGCUCGGAAACGCCGCCUUCGUCCCCAUGUGGGGUAAGAUCUCAGACAUCUUCGGUCGCAAGGGCGUGCUGCUCGGUGCAGGCGUCGUCUUCUGGGUUGGCUCACUCCUCUGCGGCCUCUCCACCAGCAUGGGCAUGCUCAUCGGCUCCCGCGUCAUCCAGGGCAUCGGUGGCGGCGGCCUCAUCGUCCUGCCCAACAUCUGCAUCUCGGAUCUCUUCUCCAUGCGCAACCGCGGCAUGUACUUUGGCAUCCUGGGGAUGGUAUGGGCCGUUUCGUCGAGUCUGGGUCCCAUUCUGGGAGGUGUGUUUACCAGCAAGGUCAGCUGGCGCUGGUGCUUCUACAUCAAUCUGCCCAUCUCGGGAGUGGCCCUCAUAACUCUCUUCUUCAUCCUGAAGCUUCACAAUCCCCGUACGCCUCUGAAGCAAGGUCUCGCAGCCAUCGACUGGAUCGGAAGUGUGCUCAUCAUCGGCGGAACAGUUAUGUUCCUUCUCGGUCUGGAGUUUGGCGGCGUUUCGUACCCUUGGCAGUCGCCCACCGUUCUGUGCCUGUUGAUCUUUGGUGUUGUGACCGUGGGCAUCUUCCUUAUCCAUGAAGCCAAGUUCGCCACGUAUCCCGUGACCCCCCUCCGUCUGUUCGUCCACCGCAACAGCGUGGCGGCGUACUCGCUUGCCUUUUGCCACGCCUUCGCGUUCAUGGGUAGCAACUACUGGCUUCCACUCUACUUCCAAGCCAUCCUCAAGGCCACCCCCAUCCUAUCAGGUGUCUACAUUCUACCCUUUGUCGUCUCCCUGUCUCUUGUAUCAGGAGGUGUUGGUGUCUUGGUCAAGAAGACGGGGAAAUACAAGCUCCCCAUCUGCGUCAGUCUGCUCACCAUGGUUCUCGGUUACGGCCUUUUCAUUGAUCUCGGCCCUCGAACAAACUGGGCCAAGAUCAUCCUGUUCCAGAUCGUCGCAGGAAUCGGUGUCGGCCCCAACUUCCAGGUCCCCCUGAUAGCGCUGCAGACGAACGUCGAACCCCGCGACAUCGGUGCUGCGACGUCCUGCUUCGCCUUCCUGCGUCAGAUAGGCACGUCUACCUCCGUCGUCGUGGGCGGUGUCAUCUUCAACAACGAGAUGCAGAAGCAACAGGCAAUGCUGCAGCAAGAACUGGGACCAGAGCUCGCCGAGCUCUUCUCCGGGUCCAAGGCAACGGGUAACGUGAAUCUGGUGGCGUCGCUCGAGGGCCACGAGGGCGACGUCGCACGCGGCGCGUACUGGAUGUCCAUGAGAACCAUGUUCAUCGUGUACACGUGCUUUACUGCUCUUGGAUUCCUCGUGAGUCUGUUCCUUGUGCAAGUCAACCUGCAGAAGGACCACAAGGAGUUCAAGACAGGUUUGCAAAACUUGAAGUCCAACAAAGAAAAUUCAACAACGCAGGGGGGUGAGAAAGCUUAA